UAAGUAUCAAUCUCUAGAAGACCGCAGAACAAAUCGCUGACCAGCUGCAGCAAACAUAUAUCUGCUAGUGGCACUAUAGAGGCUGUGCUCCCACAGACCGCACAACCCCAUCAAAUUCCCCAACAACAUGAAUACGUACAGGGAGGGACCAAUGCAGCCAACACAAGAAAAAAACAUGAGCAGGAGUGCUGAGGUAUCCACAGACCAUGCCCAGCCUGCAUCAACCUGGGACAACUCACGAUCCCAUUCAGGAAGUAAAUGUACCAGACCACAUUCUAAGACAACUGUUUUUGGUGCUUCUUUAAAGACUAGGUUGCACUGCAAUCAUUUAGUGCCAAAGUGCAAGUGUUCCAGCAAAAAAAAUAGGAAGAGGACACGUAAAACCAAACACGUAGUGCAAGAAAAUGGUCUUCAGCGAAGAGUAACGAGUUCUAGUUGCACUUUUCCCAGAGGUGAUGAAGACAGACACUCUCCUUUGAACAAGAUUCCCUAUGAGCCAAGAACAAAGUUUGUGAGAAAUCUAAAAGAAAAACUGGAGACAAACUACAUGAAAGAUAAGUCUGAUCAAAGGAGAACCAACGUGGAUACAAGUGCUGCAUUAAGAGAGUCAGAGGGAUACAAGGAUCCACUGAGGCAUGAAGCCAGUCAAUCACACCACAAACACCAUGGCAAUAAAUGUCUCCAUCACUACCAACAGAAUGAACGCCUAUUCUUGGAGCCAACAAUAACCAACAGAAAGGGACAGAGUCUGUGUGUUGAGUGUAGUGCACCACAGCCUAGGGAUCCUCAUCAAGAACCUUACCUCUACCAUAUCACUCUUGGAGGUUUGAAAACAAAUGCUGAUAAAAGACAUAGUACUGCUUCAGUUAACCAAUUUUCUAACAGGGGCAAGGUAAAUAAUAGAGUCAGCAAUAUGAAAUCAAAAAAAAUAUCAGCUGAUAUGUAUGCCAGAUUAAAUGACAGAAUUGAUAAUAUUUUGGGCAGAAGGGACAUACAUUCUACCUUUUCAAGACACUCUGCUCCAUUAAACUCUCCCAUCCCUUCAUAUAGCAAGAGAUCUCCCAGCAGAUCAAUGGCACUAAUGGACCACAUUAUCUGAGACCUAUGCAGUUUAGAGAUUCUUGUAUGUGUAUGUAAACCAGUCAAGGUUGUUUUUUGUCAGUGGGAGCAAGCUGAAAUAUGUAGUUUAUGUGUGUAAGCCAGUCAAAGAAUUAAAGAUUCCAACUCAG